GGUACGGCGGCCAUUUAUUUCAGUUCGUACCUCGUAAGCCCUUUCUUCUGAAGUAAUACAGGAGUAACGUUAGUCUGUUACUUCCAAAUUUGGAAUCAUGGCUGUUGGAAAAAACAAAGGACUGUCGAAAGGUGGAAAGAAAGGAGUAAAAAAGAAGGUGGUGGACCCUUUCACGAGGAAGGACUGGUACGAUGUCAAAGCCCCGAUUAUGUUCAAAAACCGUCAAGUCGGAAAGACUCUUGUCAACCGUACCCAAGGAACUAAAAUUGCAUCUGAGGGUCUGAAAGGUCGUGUUUUUGAAGUCUCCAUUUCUGAUCUUCAAGGAGAUCCUGAUGCCGAAAGGUCUUUCAGGAAAUUCCGCCUUGUGGCUGAGGAUGUACAAGCUUCAAAUGUCUUGACUAAUUUCCACGGGAUGGAUUUGACCACUGAUAAGCUAAGGAGCAUGGUGAAAAAGUGGCAGACUCUUAUUGAAGCAAAUGUUGAUGUCAAAACCACUGAUGGUUACCUUUUAAGAGUGUUCUGCAUAGGUUUUACCAGCAAGGAUCAAAUGUCCGCAAAAAAAACUUGUUACGCCCAACAUAGACAGGUUAGAGAAAUUAGGCACAAGAUGGUGACUAACAUUACCAAUAGUAUCAGCACCUGCAAUCUUAGGGAUGUAGUAGGCAAACUCAUUCCAGAUUCUAUCGCCAAAGACAUUGAAAAAAAUUGCCAAGGAAUCUAUCCUCUACAUGAUGUCUACAUCAGAAAGGUAAAAGUGUUGAGGAGACCGAGGUUCGAGUUGAGCAGACUUCUCGAGAUGCACGGUGAGGGCAAAUACACCGACGAUUCUGGAAACGUUGUCACCAGAUCGGACACCUACGAACCACCUGUACAAGAAUCUGUUUAAUUAUUUAAACUUUUCAUUGUACAUUUUAUAAAAAAUAUAAAAUAUAGUCAAAAGAACUCACCCAUG